GUGACAUUAUGCGCAGUGCGCCAAAUUGCGCACCAAUGGGAACUUGUGUCUAUAAACUUCCACAGAGGAACACUUAAAGGCCGAAUGGAACAAAAAAAAACUUACGAGUGGGAAAAAUCGCCAGAGAUAGGAAACAAGUUCCCAGUUCUCGCGGGACGGAGGUAACCAGUUCUCGAGAACGGGCAUGAUGGUGGAUGAGAGACGGGAAAAGAAAAAUGUUGAAAUGGCUGGGUUUGUUUGAAGAUGGCAAAGUAAAGGGCGUGAUUUAUUGUUGUUUUGCCUGGUUCGGUUUCAGGGUCUCAUGUCGUCACGACUUGCAGUAUUAUGAGCUUCAGGCCUCUCCAACGCGAUUUGAACCGGGCUAUAAUUUAUUGAAUUACAUGACGUCGUACUACAGUACAUGCAUGUGCUGGAUGAUUUUUUGUAAAUUUUUUGACGUUGGUGUCAGAAUCAAGGGAAUUUAUCUGGGUUUAAUGAUUAUUGAUGGAAAUGUAUGCCUCGCGUGGCUGCGAACGGGCGUUCUGUGGACUGUUCCCCACGGCGACCAACGCGAUGGAUAAUCAUUCGCAUUUUCAGGUUGGCCAUGUUCAUAAUUCCACU